AUUCGUCGAGUUACCUUUAUAUAUAGCUUUUCAGGUGAUACAAAAUGCAUUGAUAACUUAAACUGUUCUCCAGUCAGCAUUGUUUUAAAAUCUCCGUAAUCUAAAAUGGAACAAGACUCAUCCAUUGACAGAGUAACGCGUGCUCUGUCCACGCUCAAAUCAGACUUGAUGGAGAUGAGAAAUCAGGAUGUUAAGUUAAUGAGGCAGCUGAUUUCAAUCAACACCACCAUUGGAAGUCUUACCAACAAACGAAGUAAGAAUGCCGUGCUAAGGAGCGCUAGUUUUGGGUCCAUGAAGCGCCCCAAUCUGCAAAGAGUCAACAACAAAAGCAACACUGAUAUCAUCUGUAAUCUGAAGAAUCCGCUGGUCAGACAUAGAAGCGCUCCUCUUGUGGCCGAGCUGAGGCGGAGUGAGGCAUUUGACCAUAGUUUUGAAGACUCUGUAGAGGAGUUGUCUGGUUCACCUUUUGAAUCUGAGAGCGACCUGGAAUCCUUGUCUGUGUCCACAACCUCCCUGCCCCCUGACGAGGAGAGAAAAUGCCCACUGUCUUACUUAAGACCCCUCCCCGAAGAAGACGAUAUGGACGAAAGGAAAUAUUAUGGAAUUCUGAUGAAGAAUAUCAAAUUGUGGAAAUAUUCUCAGGAAUCUGUUGAUAGCUCGUGUAGUUCUGACAGCUCGUUAUGUGAAGUUUAGGACAACAUGCUCUUAGGAGCGCAUCCAAUACGUUAUUGUACUACAUUUGUAUUUCAUAGAUAUCCAAGCUGAUAUUAUCUGCUGAUCGCAGAUACAAUGAAUUCCCCGGGAGGACUACCUGUUUCUUUAUUAUUCAGCAGAUGGAACUUUGUGUUCGUUUUAUGCAGUCCCAUUGCACAUCACUGCCAUGUAAAUGUACUAUAAUUAUACAAAAUGCUUCCUCUUGAAGUUUUGUUUCUAUAACCCAGAACUAGGGACAAAGUGAGGAUAGUACACAUGUUUAAAAUUUAUUCAAUCGGACAAAACUCGAACUUGCAAUGAAUCUAAUUAGCAUUAACAGUGUCAAGUGACGUACGUUACUGCCACAGAUUCUGAUUGCUUAUUUGCAUAUCAUUUGAAAGUCCUAUACGUCAUCCAACUGUGCACAAUGAUGGUGCUUAUAUUUAUUAAUUUUUGUAUUGUUUUACACUUGUUCAUAUUUAUAUUAAUUGUUUUAAUAAAACUGAAUCCAGUA